AUGAGUCCUAGAAUCACCAGGUCGUCUGCCCGCCAAGCUGCCAGUCAGGUGGCCCAGACUUCGGCAGCUCCAAACACCGCGAAACCUACACCAGAAUCCGCCGAUCGCUCAGCUUCUCCAAACACCCCUCAGCUACCUUCUCGCAACAAACGCAAAGCUUCGGCAGGGUCUAAGCUACCAGCCAAUACCACACGUCCCAGCUCCUCGGACCGGACAUCUAAGAGGCAAAAGUUACCCGAAGAAACGGCCACCGCCUUGCCUCUCAGCGCAAACACAAAAGCGCCGCCCAAGGCUCACCGGAAAGGAAACAUUUUUCCCAUGAUGGACGGGUCCAACGACCACACUGGUCCCAGAGAAACCACGAAUGACCAUUUACCAUCCGACAAUCUGGACCGACCGGAAAGUCGCAGCAAAAAGUCAACUCAUAGCCUCCCUGAUAUCCAAGAUGAGCGCUCGUCUAGCUCUCGACGGUCUAAGCGUCUGGCCGCCGAAACGGAUGAAGACAUUGUAAUGGGUGGUACAGACGGCAACAGAGAUGACGUUGAAUCAACUCCUGAUGCCUCUACAAAUCAAACGAAUGACGACGAGGGUGAAGACGCCAACCCUGAUGAGGGCCCAGCUGAGCACCACGACGACGAUGAAGACGACCAUGGCGAAGAGGAAGAGGAGGAAGAGGAUGACGAUGACGACGAAAAUGACCGCGGUGACGGCUUCGGCGAAACCGAUGGUGGUGACCCCUUUGGCGCGUUCGGAGCUGCAGGACUGUCACACACGCUUCGUGCUCUAACGGGAAUGAUGUCCGGGUUGACUGCUCGUUUGCGUGAGCUUCUCAACAACCUUCGAGAAGACGAUCUCUCUAUCCAAGUCAUUGCUUUGCAAGAAUUAUCCGAGCUCCUCUUGGUUUCCAACGAAGAUAAUCUCGCUGGACACUUUUCACCCGAUGCCUUUGUUAGAGAGCUAGUCCAGCUGAUGCACAAGGAAGAGAGUCCAGAAGUAAUGCUUCUUGCUUGCCGCUGCCUUGCCAACCUGAUGGAAGCCUUACCAGCCAGCGUUUCGAACGUUGUCUAUGGAAGCGCAGUGCCAGUGCUGUGCUCAAAGCUUUUAGAGAUUUCCUUCAUCGAUUUGGCUGAGCAAUCCCUCAGUACCUUGGAAAAAAUAUCUGUCGAGUUUCCAUCCAGCAUUGUUCGUGAGGGUGGUCUCACGGCCUGUUUAUCCUACCUCGACUUCUUUGCUACCAGCACCCAGAGAACUGCAGUAACUAUAGCCGCCAACUGCUGCAGAAAUAUCCCCGACGAUUCCUUCCCAGUCGUCCGAGAUGUCAUGCCAAUUCUUCUCAACGUCCUCAGCAGUAAUGACCAGCGAGUUGUCGAGCAGGCCUCGCUCUGUGUCUCUGGCAUCGUCGAAAGUUUCAAACAUCAAGCCGCAAAACUCGAAGAGCUUGUCAGCGUUGAUCUGCUCCGCGCUGUCUUGCGCUUGCUGGUUCCUGGUACUACCAAUCUAAUUGGGUCUAGCAUACACACCCAGUUCCUCCGCGUCUUGGCCUUCACUGCUCGAGCCAGUCCACAGCUUGCCGCAGAACUUUUCAAGCUGCAGGUAGUCGAGACUCUUUACCAAAUUCUGACGGGCGUUUCCCCACCAAGCGGCACAGAAGAUGUUGCCUCCAAACUUGACAGCGUCGUCAUCAUGCAAGCCCUUAUUCACCGACCACGUGAACAGAUCAUCGAAACCCUCAACGUCAUAUGCGAGUUACUUCCUGGGCUUCCCAAAGACGCUGAUCCGGUGUACGGCGACUUUGUCGAGUUCCAUGGCAUUCAAGAACCCGCCGCUAGUACAGACGACACUAGGCAAUCUCCUGCUGAAAGGCGCCUAUCACUCCUCAACAACUGCAAAGACGAAGUUCGGCGGUUUGCCCUGAUCAUUUUCCCUACCCUUACAGAUGUCUUCUCAAGCACUGUCAAUUUGAGCGUUCGCCAAAAGGUGCUCCAAGCACAGAUCAAAAUGCUAUCUAAUCUUGAUGAGAAGAUCCUGGAGGAGGCUCUUGUCCCUGUGCCGUACGCUUCUUUCCUCGCUUCUAUUCUUUCACAACAGGACCAUCCUAGUCUUGUCAUGCUCGGCUUACAGGCUACGGAACUACUUCUCAGCCGCCUCCACAGAAUAUAUCGCUAUCAACUGUACAGAGAAGGUGUCAUCCUUGAAAUCGAGAAACUGUCUGCUCAAGCACCCGAGGGGUCUGCUGAUGAUCUACCUAAGAGGACCGAUGACGGCAAUGCCAGAGAAAGCUCGUCCACGUCAGAAGACGAGGACGAGGAGGCAGAAGACGAGGAACGUGGCGAUGAAAACAACGAAGGCGAUGAGGGCGACCAGGACGAUGAGGACGAAAACGUUCAGGUCGAGCAAGAACAACUUGAGCCCGAGACUGCCGAACCCGAGGAUGACGAAGACGAGAACCACGAUAACCAGGAACAAGCCGAAAACCCUGGUGAUGAGUCCCCCGUUAGCUCCGGCUCUUCCUCAUCCUCUGAGCCGGUCGCACCUCCCCGCAGGUAUCUUUCCGAUUCUCGAGCCACAAAAACUCUCAUCUGCCAGGUUGCCAAGAAGUUCCUAGACUCUCAUGAAAAUGAAGAGCAUGGUCGUGACAUGAAGGCCAAAGCGAGCCUUAUUAUGGACGGCCUAACUAAGCUGGCCGAUGAUCUGGAGGCAUUCUAUUUGCGACGCUCGUCAGCCGAUCUCUCGCCAUCCGCUGGAAGAGUUCUAUUCUCCCGAUUAGCGGCCCAGUUUGAUACUGAUGUCCUAGAGAGCGUGACGAGUGCAGAGCUUCUUUCCUCUGGUCUUGUACGGUCACUGAUGGAAGUACUGAGUAAUCCUGAUGAAGAGUUGGCUCGUUUGGCGCAGUCAACCUUCCUGGAGGUCUUUAUGGGCAAGAGUGUCAAGUCCAAGCCAAAGACAGCGACGGCUGAGUCUCCCGUUACGCCAUUCAGCAUGAUGAUCCACAAACUGCAAGACUUGCUCACUCCUGAUGACGACGGCGAGCAAAGCACCUUGGAGUGUGCUGAUGAAAAACAAAUCAGCGAAGAUGAGGAGGAUCUUGCCGAUGCUAGCGCUCUAGAUGCCAUUGUUGGCGAGCUCGAGGAUAUGGACGAAGAGCCAGAUGCUCCUACCCUCGAAGAUCCUUCUGCUGUUGACUUCGAGCUUGCCACAACUGGGGGUGUGACAGCUCGCAAGGAAGAUGGUACCAAGAUCGCAACUCCGGCGAGCACCGAGAAGCGCCCUGUUGAACAGAAGCAGCCUCCAUCAGCUUCUACACCAGCCGGUUCAUCGCGCCCUAUGUCUUAUGCGUCGGUUCUACAAACUGUGCCUCAGGACUGGCACAUUGAAUUCUCUCUUGAUGACAAAGUGAUCUCCAACGAGACCACUAUUUACCGAGCAGUGUUUCUGUCCGCGACCAAAACAGAAGAUCAGCACAUUAGCCGGAGCAUAUGGUCUGCCACUCACCCUAUCAAGUUCAAACGGGUUCCUGGCCCACCAUGGGCGGAGUCGGUGCCAGUCACCACAAACACGGAGGCGGAGUCCGAUUCCCCAGACGGCAUUCCGGCGUCCCUCGCCAAGAAUCCCACUACCGCCUCCAUUCUCCGACUUCUGAACAUUCUGCAUGAGCUCAACGAGAAUAUUGAAGACGUUUUGCUCGCAGAUGACCAACAGAUUGUCACCCUGCAUGUUGAACCGCCUUCCCAAUUUGUCAGUACAAAGCUGACAGCCAAGCUCAACCGCCAGCUGGAAGAGCCGCUCAUCGUGGCCAGUAGCUGCUUGCCUAGCUGGUCCGAGGAUUUGGCUCGUCUGUACCCGUUCCUCUUUCCAUUUGAGACGCGUCAUCUCUUCCUUCAGUCCACCUCGUUUGGAUAUGCCCGAUCGAUGGCAAAAUGGCAGAAUGCGCAGGCCGAAGAAAACCGCCGCGAUCGCCACAACGAACGCCCUUUCUUGGGACGCCUGCAAAGGCAAAAGGUUCGGAUUUCUCGCCUCAAAAUUCUCGAAUCUGCCCUGAAGGUCAUGGAGCUAUACGGUGCUUCGCAGAGUAUACUUGAGGUCGAAUACUUCGAAGAAGUCGGUACCGGUCUUGGACCAACCUUGGAGUUUUACUCUACUGUUUCCAAGGAAUUCGCCAAAAAGAAGCUACGUCUCUGGCGGGAUGUUGAUAACACGGGUUCCGACGAAUUUGUGUCUGGUCCAUCUGGACUUUUCCCUCGGCCAUUGAGUGCGGAAGAACUGAGCACACCUAAUGGAGAGCGUAUUCUGCACUUGUUCAAGAUUAUUGGCAAGUUUAUUGCACGAUCCAUGAUUGACUCGCGCAUCAUUGACAUCCACUUCAAUCCUACCUUCUUCCGAAUUAGUGAUGUUGUUGCACCAGGUGUGAAGCCCUCGUUAGGCGCCGUCAAGGUUGUUGAUCCUGGGCUCGCAAGAUCACUCAAGGCAAUCAAGAAGUACUCCAUCGCCAAGAAGGACAUAGACGAAGAUCCGAACCGAACACCGGCGCAAAAGGUCGCUGAUACGGAGAACAUUUCUAUCGACGGCGUCCGAUUGGACGACUUGUGCCUCGACUUUACGCUUCCUGGCUAUCCUGGCAUCGAGCUAGAAGCAAAUGGGUCGCAAAAGCGCGUUACAAUUGAUAAUGUUGAUGCUUACCUAGACAAGGUUAUCGACAUGACGCUCGGCUCGGGCGUGCGCGCUCAAGUCGAUGCAUUCCGGACUGGCUUCUCCCAGGUUUUCCCGUAUACUGCCUUGAGUGCCUUUACUCCGGCUGAGCUGGUCGCGCUCUUCGGCAAAGUAAAUGAAGACUGGUCCCUCGAAACCCUCACCGACUCCAUCAAGGCUGAUCAUGGGUUCAACAUGGACAGCCGCAGCGUCAAAGAUCUUUUGCAAGUCAUGAGCGAGUUCGACCUCAGCGAGCGCCGCGAAUUCCUUCAAUUUAUCACAGGUAGCCCGAAGCUCCCUAUCGGAGGUUUCCGCAGCCUCACGCCAAUGUUUACUGUCGUCUGCAAGCCGAGUGAACACCCAUACACCUCGGACGACUACUUGCCGAGUGUAAUGACCUGUGUCAACUAUCUCAAGCUCCCAGACUAUACAGACCACGAUACCAUGAGAAGGCGGCUACUCACCGCUAUGAAGGAAGGGCAAGGAGCUUUCCAUCUUUCCUAA